CCACGUCCCAUUCCCGCCGCCCCGGGCUCGCCCCCCCGCCCGCGCCGCCAUUGUUGCAACGUUCCAUCCGGUGCUCGCGGCGGCGGCUGCUGGGCGCUUCCUCCCCCCCCGCCCCCCCCGCCGCACCCUCCUCUUCCUCCUCCCUCCCCCUCCCCCCCGCCGCCGCCGCCGCCGCCGCCAGUGCCGCCGCCCGCCCGUGUCCGCGCCCGCCCGCCAGCCCGGGCCCCCCCCGCCCCGCGCGCCCCCGGCAAGAGCAGCAGCAGGAGGAGGAGGAGGAGGAAGCGGCCCGGCCGGGAGGAGGGCGGGAGGCGGGAGGGGGGCUCGGCGCUCGCCCUCCCCCCUCACAUGACCCGGGUGUUUGUCCCCGUGAUCAGCGCUCCGGCUCCCGGGUGCCCGCGCCAGCCCCGGGCCCCCCCCUCCCCUCCCCCGCCCCCCCCCGGCCCCCGCCGCUGAGGGGGGUCCCCCCCCUUCCCCUCCCCCCUCCCCUCCCCCCCCAUGGACAUGCUGGACACGGCCUCCGCCUCCGCUGCGCCCAGCCACGAGAAAGGACAAGAAGCUGAGGAGGGAGUAGAACUGCAGGAAGGGGACGGUAGCACCGCGGACGAGCAGACUGCCGUGGCUAUCGCCAGUGUCCAGCAAGCGGCGUUCGCUGACCAUAACAUCCAGUACCAGUUUCGCACAGAGAACAAUGGAGGACAGGUGACGUAUCGCGUGGUCCAGGUGACGGACAGUCAGCUGGAUGGACAGACCGAUGCUGCUGGGGCCGUCAGCGUUGUCUCGACUGCCGCCUUCACUGGAGGGCAGCAGGCCGUGGCCCAGGCCGUGAUCCAGAACCCGUUCAGCAAUGGCGGGAGCCCAGCGGUUGACGUGGGUCAGGGGGAGGCUCGCUUCGCCUACUUCCCCGCCUCCUCCGUGGGCGACACCACCGCUGUGUCCGUUCAGACCACAGACCAAUCCCUGGACACAGGCUGGAGGUGAGCCCCACCCCCAGCCCCUGUAACUCAGACACCCAGGACAUAGCAGGGAGAAACCCACUUGCUGG